AUGAGGCUGUCUGGAAAUCUCGUUCCUCUUACCAUCAUCAAGGGCGCAGGCCAUGAGUUCAUUCCAUUCCCUGCUGGAGAGAAUGCUACCGUCGCCGACUUUCAUUCCAUCCGCACAAGUACAACCGAUUCGCCAUCAUACUUGACAUCAGGAUUCUACAAGAUUGAAAAGGGCAAAGCUUAUCCUCUGCACUAUACCUGCGAGGAGACCAAGUAUGUGAUCAGCGGGCAAAUUGAUGUGCUGGAUGAAGCCACUGGUGUGACGCAUCACUUGGUACCUGGAGACUUUGCUUUCUUCUAUGUUGGAAGCAAGGUGCAAUUCUCGACAAAGUCAGCUGGUCUGGCCUUCUAUGCUGUGACAAGACCUGUCAAGGCUGCACACCCAAAUCUUGCUGGCAGAGAGGAGGAUGUCAAGUCAAAGUCGAAGUUGUAA